AUGGGUGUUAAAUCAUUUUUUCACCCAUCUGUAGAUGAUUCACAGAGUGGAGAACUGCCCUCUGAAAGGUGGAACCCUACUCAGAAUGUCAGGACUAUCCUGUUAAGUGUAAUCUCACUGCUUAAUGAGCCCAAGACCUUCUCCCCAGCCAAUGUGGAUGCUUCAGUUAUGUUCAGGAAAUGGAGGGACAGUAAAGGAAAAGACAAAGAGUAUGGUGAAAUCAUUAGGAAACAGGUUUCAGCCACUAAGGCCGAAGCAGAAAAGGAUGGAGUGAAGGUCCCCACAACCCUGGUGGAAUACUGUAUCAAAACUAAAGUACCUUCCAAUGACAGCACCUCAGAUUUGCUUUAUGACGGCUUGUAUGAUGACGACAUUGAUGAUGAGGAUGAGGAGGAGGAAGAUGCCGACUGUUACUGUGAUGAUGAUUCUGGGAAUGAGGAAUCGUGA